CCGUCACCUACCACAUCAUCUUUCACGGCUUGACGACGCCAUAUCCGACCUCUCACUUCAACGGGGAGAUAAAAACACGACGAAAGAACAGACAUCAUUCUUUACUAGAAACGAGAAAACUGCAAGUCGCAAUUUUCAUCACCCUCUCCCAUCGAUCAUCUCGCGUGCAAGAAACAACUACACCGGGUGCCUCCUCUUCGAACGCUCGCAACUCUCUCGACCUCUCAACAAAAGCCAAGGAAACCACCCAAGCAAGGCAAUCCAACCGAAAAUCAGACAAAAGAUGACGACCCGCUCCUCCCGCGCCUGCCUCGUCUGCAGCGUCGUCCUGCCCCAGGCCAAAUUCGUCCAGUCCGGCUGUCCGAACUGCGAGGAUUUCCUCGAGAUGCGCGGCAGCCAGGACGUCGUGCUGGACUGCACCAGCGAGGUCUUCGAGGGCGUCAUGUUCCUCACCACCCACGCCGCCAACGACAGCUGGGUCGCCAAGUGGCAGCGCCUGCAGGGCUACCUGCCGGGCCUGUACGCGGUCAAGGUCAAUGGGAUCCUCUCCGAGGAGUAUAUCGCCGCGGCCGAGAAUGCCGGCGUGAAAUAUAUCCCACGAGACGGCAGCGCGACGACGGAUGAUCAGUAGUGGCGAUGGAUUCGAAUAGGAAUCUGUGCGAACGUUGGAGGGAGAGGUGAUUCGGAGAGACUCGUCUUGUGUUUUUCAGCUAUUCAGCGG